AUGAACUGCUUCGGUACUGACAAGCCCUUGAAGCGAAGGGAAAAGUUGACGACGUCGUUUUUGCGUCCUGGCAGCAAAUUUGUGGGGACGCAAAAGUCCGAUAGGCAGAAAUAUGAAGUGUCAGUGGAAAUUAAGGAUGUGGAUCUGGAGCAAUCUUUCCUCUGCGGCUAUCUUCGAAUACAGGGCUUAACAGAUGAACACCCAACAUUAAUCACAUUCUUCGAGGGCGAAAUUGUCGGACCCAAAUAUCAAUUCAAGACCUCGCAUAGUGGGUGGAACAGCGACGACAAGAACGACAUGGCCCACUGGGGCCUCCUACCCAAAUGGAAACAGGUAGCAAAGGCUGCGCGCCUUCCCAACUUCACAGUAUCCAACCAUUUGCAACGCGAGCAGCUUUGGAUGCGAUGGAAGGAGUAUUUUCUGGUGCCGGACCACCGGGUGAAGACCAUCUCCGGCGCGAGCUUCGAAGGAUUCUACUACAUCUGCUUCAAUCAGUGUUCUGGCGCUGUCGACGGCGUAUACUUUCAUCGCAAUAGCGAGAAAUAUCAAACGUUGCGGCUCGAGCACGUCGACGAUCACGGAUGCGAGGCAGCAGUAGAGUUUAGAUAA